ACGCUCCGUUGAGCUCAGAAUCGUUAGUCAAUACUCCUCAGAGUCGUUGGCCUUUGCGGGACCCGGUUAGCUCUAGCCCCGUAAUAAUGGCUUAAAAAAAAAAAGAAAAACUUGGCAGUUUAAAACAAAAAACAAUUCCACCAUUCCAGGCGAUUUCUUGCAUGAGAUGACCUCCUCCCUUUAUCAGUUCACACUUUUGUUUUCCUGGAUCGCCAUAUUUGGAUUUACAUUCUUACAAUCGAUCUGCAGUGAGGUGUAACUUAUAUAGGACCUAUCACUGCCACUGACAGUUAGUGUUUGGAGAUUGUCAGGACCUACAGUCUCGCCUGAUUUCUGACAGCCAAGGUUAAAAGAGAUUUAAAACUUGGAUAUUCUCCACCACAGUUGACAAAUUGUUCUGUCUGCUAUAUACAUAUCUGGUUUGACGUUAGUAUUAUUAUACCAGUGAAGAUAUUGGUACUGACUUUGACCAACCAAAACAAUCAGAAAAUGACUUAAAACGUAGUCAAGGCAUAUUUUUGGAAUCUUCUGGAAUCUUCCGACUAAUUAAGCUGAGGCUGUUCCCCAACUUCUGCACAGUGCGUUCUUCAAACCAAGAGUGGUCCCAUCCUUAACAACUUUGGAUAUACUGGUUGCUCUAAAGUUUUUUGGUUGCCCAAAGACAACGUGAUCUUCCACAUCAUGCUGCGAUCACCAGAGAAGGACCUGCCUCCUCGUGUGCCGCCCCUGGUCUUCGACGAGCGCCUCCAGAAGGAGCUCAAGCUUAAGAUGGUCUCAGAUGUCACGUCCCGCCCUUCGCCAUUCCACCCGUCCGCCAGGGUGUUGGACAGCCUCCCAUUUCCCCACCACCUUCACCCGCUUACGUACUUUUACGGUGGGCUCGGCCUCUCGGCGGCUCUGACGGCGGAGCACCUGAAGUCCUGCCAGUCCACCUUCAGCUCCAUGCUGGCCCCGAGAACUGUGGCAGGGAGCCCUUUCAGCAUAGACAGCAUCCUUAGCCGCCCGGGGCCCGUAAGCUUUCCUGCGCCCCACCGGCCGUCUCCCUACUUUCACUAUCCCGGAAUUCACCCGCACCAUCCAGAACUUUUGGGUCACUACCCUCAUCCAUUCAGCGGCCUGCUGAGUCCUGUCGACCUGGUCAACGCCGGUAGCCAGAAACGAAAGCGUCGCCACCGGACAAUCUUUACAGAAGAGCAGUUGGAAAGGCUGGAGGACACCUUCCAGAAGACCCACUACCCGGACGUCAUGAUGAGAGAGGAGCUGGCCAAUAAGGUGGACCUUAAAGAGGAGAGGGUCGAGGUUUGGUUCAAAAACAGACGCGCCAAAUGGCGAAAGCAGAAGAGGGAACAGGAGGCAGCAGAGAAGCGUGUCGGCGACUGCGUGGGCUCAUCUCGCUCGAUGACUAGGCCCCACACUGGUGACAGCACUGGUCGGGGCGCCACGUCUUUCGAAGACGAUGAUGACGACAGGGAGGGCUCCAUCUGCGUGGACGGGGAGGACACACACGACAUGGCGGAUGAACGCGACGACCGCUCUCCUGAUCCUCGGCUCGAGCCUUCCAUGGCGAUGGAGCAUCCCCAGGGGUACCCGUCCGCACACAUGAGACCUCCACAGUGCUCGGCCCUGGAUCUCAAGCGGCUGCAGGACCAGGGUCCGAUGCAGAUGCCGAAAGAUGGAAACAGCUCCACGGAAAGUCACGAAGACUACUCUGACGAAGAGCUAUCCCCGUGACCUUGACCUCAUCGCUGCUGCAGACGAUCAAAACUCUGAAACAUAGAAACGUUAACUAUGUCUUCACAAAACAAACUAGGUAUGAGAUUAAGACAGUUCUCACAAUUUGUAAUCAAGAUCCUAAAAGUUUGAGGCUCGCUCAUAUAUGUGAAUCUAAGAUUGACCCUAUGAGUUUGAGAAUCCCUCAUCUAUGUGAAUCUAAGAUUGACUGUAAAAGUUUGGGACUUCCUCAUCUAUGUGAAUCUAAGAUUGACCCUAUGAGUUUGAGACUCGCUCAUCUAUGUGAAUGUAAAGAUUUAUUGCAAUCAAUGUUUGAGUGUUUAUUUUUCUUUGUCAUGCCUAAAGACGUUUUUGAUGCAAUGUGCAGGCUAUUCCGGAGACCUAGAUGUCAUCAGGACAUUGGACAUUUUAUAAGGUGGACAUUCAUAAACAUAUCAUAUAAAGACAUUUCUUUUCAUAGACAAUGGGGAUGUAGCUGUCUGUUGGCUGUGUGUGGUAUAUGUGUGUAUGUGUGUGGUCUAUGUGUGCAUGUGUGUAUGUGUGUGGAAAGACAAGUGCUGUGUACAUAUGUUUUUUUGUUUGUUUGUUAUUAGUUUAGUCUCCAGACCAGUGUUUCCCAAACUGUGUUCCGAGACCUGAAUAGGUCCUCCAAGAACUACUGGAAUAAUUAACUAGUAGGCCACCACCAAUUAAUCUCUCUAAAAAUAAGCAAAGUGUUCCGCAGUGUUCCGCUAAAUACUUAGAAUGUGUGAAGUGUUCCUCUAUAAACCCAGAAUGUGUGAAGUGUUCCUCUAUAAACCCAGAAUGUGUGAAGUGUUCCGUUAAGGAAAAAGUUUGGGAAACACAGCUCUAGACUUAACUUCAUUAGAUAGUUUGAUAUAUAUUUGAGAUGUACACAAUUUAAACAAUACUUCGAUAAAUAGAUACACAGACAACAGGACUAUCAGAUGGACUGAAAGCCGAACAGACGGUCUGACUAAUUAUAUAGAUACUAUUCAACAACGUUACUUUAGGAGCCAGGUGUACUAACGUAUACAGGUGAGCCCAACCAUUUCCGCAAUGUAAAUCAGUCUUUGAGUAUCGAAGAUUAUCACCGAUAUAGAUCAAUACAAUUUUGUUCAUAAUCACGCGACGCGUUCUUCAAAAGAUAUUUCCACCAAUGGCAUAGCCGAAAGAUACAAUAAAGUGUUAAGACAAUGACUAAGGCGAACACACGCACAAAGGCAUUAGAACACUUCCCCGUGUCAGCAAUCGCCUAAUCUAUUCACUAACACCCUCCUACGCGGUACCCCCCCCCCCACACACACACCUACCUCCUCCGUUCCCAGUUAGACUGUGAGCCAGUGCGUUAGUCAUUGAAGUAAAAAAAAACAAACUUUGAUUCCAUCCGCCAUGAUCUAAGCUCCGGCUGGUCAUAAUUAAUGAGCUAACCAAAGCUAAAUGCAGCUUUCAAUACAACAGAGGCGACACCAGAUCAAUGAAAUCAUUAAACAAACAUCACCAACAGCUAGGUCUAGAGAACAAACAAAACAAAACAACAUGAAGCGAUUCCUUAGAGUCAUGUCACAUUGUAAAAUAACGUUCCCAUUUCAGACCUUGUGGCCUAUAGAGCAGAUGAUGUAAAGGUCAUCUGUUUCUGUGGCCCAUGGUUAACAAGGGUGUUAUGUGGCCAGCACAACGACCAACAGCCUUUACUUUUCCCUAACUAAGGUUAGAGCUGGGUGGGUUCAGAGGCGCCCAAAGAUUGUCACAUUGCAAUACAAAGUCAAUGAAAAGGCUACCUCUCCCUAAAAUGUGUCCUCUUAUAUCAAAAAGACUUUGAUAUCUACAAAUUAAUCUAGUCAUUUGAUGUUAGCCAGAGAUUAUAAAUGUAUUAAGUACUUUUUUUUAGCUGUCUGAUUCAGGCAGUCUACCCUAUGCUCGAAUGUCAAUCGGGAAGAAAGCGUACUUGGAUGCUUUCCGUGGAAUGUGUUGCAAAGUAUUUUAGGACAUGAUCAAUGUAGUUGUUAACUUCAUUGGAGUUUUUGGCAUUAUAUUUGAAUCUUUCCGUCUAGGACUCACCUCUGUGUACACACUCACCACUGUGUAAACAUUUAGAGCAAUCAUCUCUGUGUACACAAGUAGAGCAAUCAUCUCUGUGUACACAAGUAGAGCAAUCAUCUCUGUGUACACAAGUAGAGCAAUCAUCUCUGUGUACACACGUAGAGCAAUCAUCUCUGUGUACACACGUAGAGCAAUCAUCUCUGUGUACACAAGUAGAGCAAUCAUCUCUGUGUACACAAGUAGAGCAUUCAUCUCUGUGUACACAAGUAGAGCAAUCAUCUCUGUGUACACACGUAGAGCAAUCAUCUCUUAGGCUGUAAUAUAUUUCUUUCAAAUAUUACCAGAAACUUGUUGUUUCAUAAUAACAAUGUUAGGGUGUUUAUAUAUUCUGAUAGUUAAGUACCAUAAUAUUUGUAAAAUGUUUUAAUUCAUUUGAAAAAAAAAUUCUACUUUUUACACCAACGCAUACUGUAUGAUAUGAUUUUAGAACAUUUGGUGUAAAUUUCAUUAAAAGCAAGCUAUAAUUCUACUAGUUCUUGUUGAUAACCUGUCAGUGUCAAAAAGCACCUUCAGUGAAUAAUUUCUCGCGUCAGUAAUUCGAAUUUAGUGUUUUUUGAUGACAACAGCAGAGUUUUCAUCACAACCUUUUUUAGUGUCUGUCAUACUGAUGGUAUUGUGUCGUAAUUACGUUAAUUGUUUUAUUAUUGCAAAGAGUUACAUUUUUUAAACAGUACUAACGGAAAAUAAAAGAUACAACUGUAUGUGAUUAAUGCGUAUCUGUGGGAGUUACUGAAAUUGACGAAAGAAUCUUUAUAGUAAUAAUAGCUCUAUAUUUAGGGUCACUUAUAGGAUAUUAAGUAGCGCUUAAAGAGAUGGAUCGUGAGAGAGAGUGAGAGAGAGAGAGAGAGAGAGAAAGAGAGAGAGAGAGAAAGAGAGAGAGAGAAGGAGUAUUGGAAAAAGGAUUUUUAAAAAAUUGGAAGGAGCUUGAAAAAUUAGAGCGUGUAAAUUGAUACACGCGCUUGUAAUCUUAAUCAACAAUUUAAAUUACUUCCCCUUUGUACCAUAUCAUACUAACACCAUCGACGUCACGUGAUCUGGCUUAGUGAGAAAAAUGGCGUCGCAGUCUAAAAACUACAAUAAAAAAAAACCCGACAAACAGAAAAAAAAACCUAAUUAUAGGACAAUGAAAAUAAGAAAAGAUAAAUUAUUAACUGUGUUUAUUCUAAAUAAAUUAGAAAUUGUUGAUUACAAUAGACUAGAGCACGAGUCUUGAAACUGUUACUUUGUAAAGUUCUCACUGUCUUUUAUUUCUUUGUCUCAAUUAGUUCAAUCAAAUCCAUUUCUUGUCUGUAGAGAAGUGAAUGUUGAAAGAAGAAAAAAAGUUGUUGGGAAUUAUAUUUCAAACUGGAACUUAAUGUGAACAUAUACAAAAAAAAAAAAAAAUGAUGAGCAUGUACAAAUGAGAGUUGGUUUCUGGUGCCUGAGAUGCAGAUGGUUGAUUUCAAAAUGUUUACC